GGUUUUAGGCCCGCGGUCGCCAUGACAGAACCACAACAAUGAACGGUUCCGCCUCAGGAUGGGAGAAACGCCAAUUGAAUAAAUAUUUUUUCAACACAGAACCCAUUCCGCGGUUGUCAUGCCACGACCCCCUGGCAGAGGAACUUAUUGCCCAGGAGAAACCUGUGGUCCUAACAGAUACAAAGCUUUGUGAUUCAGCCUUGAAAUGGGACCUGGAUUACCUAGCAGAGAACAUGGGUAGUGAGAAAUACAUGGUGUUUGUAUCAAAAGACAACAAAUUUAAAUAUUACGAUGAGGCGAAGAUUCGACAGUACAGCAGUAACUUCAUCCCACCCACACGGAGAGUUGACAUGUCUUUCCCUGAAUUUGUAAGGAAGCUGAAAGAAUGGAAAGAAGGAGAUGAGAGAAUAUAUCUUCAGCAAGGCUUGAAUAAUACUGUUGGCCAAGCUAUUGUCAUGGACUUCCUGCAGUUCAACUGGGAGUGGCUUAACGUCCUGCAGAAGAAAAAUAAUUGGGGACCACUUACCUCAAACCUAUUAUUAGUGGGCAUGGAAAGUAAUAUUACACCUGUUCAUUAUGAUGAGCAACAGAACUUCUUUUGCCAAUUGGUCGGCUACAAGAGGUGUAUUUUGUUUGCUCCUGAGUACUAUGAUCGCCUCUAUCCGUAUCCUGUGUAUCAUCCCCAUGACCGCCAGUCUCAGGUAGAUUUUGAAAACCCAGACUUUGAGAGAUUCCCAGGGAUGACGCACCUGGAAGGCGUCGAAACCGUCUUGGGUCCCGGCGAAGUGCUUCAUAUUCCCAUGUACUGGUGGCACCAGAUUGAGAGCCUCCCAAAUCGUGGCCAUACUGUGUCUGUCAAUUUCUGGUAUAAGGGAGGCCCAACAGAGAAGGUUGAGCAUCCCCUGAAGCCUCAGCAGAAACUGGCUGUGAUGCGCAACAUAGAGAAAAUGUUACUAGAAGCCCUAAAGGACCCUGCAGAAGUGGGACCCCUCCUGCGAGCCCUUGUGAUUGGGAGAUACACUGGCCAGGUGGCAGAAGGGCAGGAAGGGAAACUGUGAUUGGGACUGACCAGGUCAUUGUUUUAUAUUUAGGAUGUAUCUUGGUACCUGUUACAAGCACGUGGAGUUCCUAAUGAUGGAAGAGAUAACAUCAGAGUUCAUGGCGAGAGGAGGUGAAGUGGCCCAGAUUCCUAAUGUGUUCAGUGCACAUGUCAUGCUGUCUGUGAUGUUUCCAGAGAAUUGUGCUUUAAAGUCAUUUAUGUCUGUGGUGGAAUGAUAAGAUACAGUUUUCAUUUUCAUCUGUUUUGUUUCCUUUUGUAAAUGUCUUUAUUUGCAUGGGUUUCUUCAUUAUAAUGAGGUAAAAGGUAUAUUGAAUUUAAGCAUUCAUAAGCUGUUUUUUCUCUAUGUUAUUUUUGUUUUCACUCUUUUCUAAUAUUUAGAUUUUUUAUUUACUUUUAAAGUCAAUACUUUGCUGUAAUGCAAUUGUUGUCAGCAAAAUAAACUAGUAGUGUAAGGAUUUAGAACAAAAUGUUUCUGGCAGAAUAUGAGGGAUUAAGUUUGAGAGAUCAAAGGUAAAACCCAAUAAAAGCAUUACAGAAAAAUAGAAUCCUUCAGUAAGUAUAUUGGGUUUUAUUGGUGCUAUGUAAGGUUAGAAAUGGGUGACCAUUGAUAAAAUAAUUGCAAUGUAUGCUGACAGUACACUGGAGAUUUAGGCUUUUCUUGAGGGAUAGGGUAUAGCAGUUGUUUUUCCAUAGUUUGUCUCCAAUGAUUUGAUAUAUUAAAUAUCACACUCAAUAUCUGUAUAUUUUAAUGUAAAUCUAGUAGCUCAUUUCCUGUAAUAAUGAUGAAUUCUCACACCAUUGAAGUAACAUCUGUAUUGAGACUCAUACAUAACAAGUGUUCAUUUGGGAAUAAAAAAAGAAAUAUUACCUAUUUACAGUAAGAAAUAGCAAUAGAUUUAAUCUGACAAAUUCAAAACUUACUUAUUAGGUGUUCUUCCUGUUUAUUAUGCAUGAAGAUAUCUGAUAUCUUAAAAGAGUCUAUAUAUCCUUUUUUGUCUUCCUCAAUUACUAAUGAAAUUGCAGUUGAACUUCGAGCUAUGCCUUAGUGUAGACUCUUGUAAUAUUUGUUUUGCAUUUGUCAUGUGUCUUCAGUAUAUUAGUAGAAAGAGAAGCAUGGUUGCAUUGUUUGUGUUGGUGACUGACUGGUGUUUUGGCCUGUGUAAUGCCUCAUUAAGGGGGAAAGUGUAGGCUUUGACAUAUGAAGAGGCACAAGACUUGGAGUGGGAAGUUGUAACUGUAAUAAAAAAAAAAAAGAAAUUUAGAAGAGAGGUUAUGAGAAAAUGUUGAAAAAAUCUCAUAAUCCUUGUUUAUGUUUCUUAAGCCCUUUGGAGCAUAUUUGGUACUGUAAAAGCAAAAUAUGAUAAAAAUCAUAUACAGUACAAAUUGCAUACAAUACAAAAGCAUAUAUAUAAUAGAGCAGUGACUACUACCCUUCCUUCUAAAGAAAGAUAAGAGCAAAUGCAAUUAUGAUGUUGCUUAAGUCUUUAGUGUGCAAUAUUGUUUUUCCAUGGAUGUGAGCUUGAUAUUCUUACAUUCAUUAUUUUAAAGCUGGGAUGCAUUGUUCAGUAGAACAGUGUAGGUAGUAUCCCAAGUAUGCAAAUUAUUUAAAAAAGAAUGAUGAUACGUAGGCUCAUAUUUGACACUAGAAUAUAAUCAGCAAACUUUUCAAUAGUCUAGUAAAUUCAGCUAUUUGUUAACUGAAAAAGAUUGAUAAUUGAUUAAUUAGUCUUAUAUGAAUGUUCUAAGAAAUGAAAGAAGUAAGAUGUCUGUCACCUUAGUAAUUUCAUGUGAGAAUAUGAUGAUGAAAAGGUGAUUUUGUAGACAGUUCAAUGUAUUUCAAUAAUACACUUUGUAAUGUUUCAACUUGACUUCUCAGAUGUGGCUAAUGGCCUUAGCUUUUGAUGUAGCAGAAUUGUGAAAACACAGUUAACAUUAAGAUAUCAAAAUGAUUUUUGACCUGUGGGAUCAAUGCAUUAAUAACACUAGUAUUCUUUAAUUGUAAUUUAAUAAAAAUGACAAUUAGAUUAUCUAGCAUUGCUUGAUUCAAUGCAAGAAUCAAGUUUAAGGAAUACUAUGCCAUAAUUAUAGUAUUUCAAUAUUUGCUACAACCUAUUUAAUUUUUCACAGGAAUUGAUUAUUUUCACCAUGUGAAUAAUGAAAUUGACGCAGCCAAGUGCAGGAUGAGUACUGAAAUACUUGUAUGAGCAUUUGUAUGCCUAGCUUCAACUUGCAUUGCCUUAGCAACAUUAUUAUUUAAUUUUAGUAAGCUCUUUCAACAGCCUUUCUCGAGACUUUGACCAGAAGCAUAUUCAAAAGAUGCAGCCUAAUCAUCAUCAUCAAGACACUUUUUUAUGUAUAUUACUUUGAAAGACAACCAGGAUGCUACAGAAUUAAUGUAGGUUCACUGAAAACCAAAUGAUAAUUUUAUGAUCAACUGCCAUCUGAGGACCUUUGGGAAGACGAUGAAAUCCAUGUGAAUUUCAGAGCUGUUGCAUUUUUCAAUAUACUUGUGUGUGUUUGUUCUGUCUGUCUGUCUGUAUGUAUGUGUGUGUUUGUGUCUGUCUGUCUGUCUGUCUA